AUGCCUAUAAAAAUCGGAGGACUGGCCGCAGUUAUGAGCGGGCAAAGGAUCGCUGAAAGAAGACAUGAUCCUACUAUUAUACGCUCAUCUGCUCUUCACAUCGGUCUUAUCGUUGCGUGCGUCAUUUAUAUCUACGUUGGCGCCCUCAUGUUCAAACAUUUGGAAUUUCCUCAUGAGGUCAGUUCCUACAUGCUGGGAAAUACUGCUAAAAUAGCCGCUCCACAAUUNAUUCGAUGCUAUUUCUGUGUAUGCCCUAUUGAUGGCUUUCUUACAGAUUUGAGAUACACUAACGCAACACUCGAAAUUCUUAUCGACGAAUAUCUCGAGAACUUAUUCGUCGAAUUUGAUAAUCCUAUUGCCAGAAACUAUUUUGACUCUAUAUUUUACAAUAAUGGCGAAUACGUCGAAUCGUGGACCAUGGAUUCGGCUGUGCUAUUCACUGCCACAACAUUGGUUCCAGUAGGAUUCGGCCUUGUCACACCUCUAACAUGGUGGGGUCGUCUUUUUCUCAUCAUCUAUGCCAUUUUCGGUAUACCAUUGGCACUUGUCACGAUUUCUGAUAUCGGGAAGUUUUGCUGUGACUCGGCCUUCAAGUUCUUUCGAGAGGUUCGUAACUUAUCAGGUAAAGUCAUGUUCAUGGCGGUUCUUGUCAUACUACUGUUAUUGUAUCCGUUCGUGGGAGGAGUCUGCAUCCACAAAGUGUCGCAUUUAUCAUUGUUCGACAGCAUCUAUUACUGUUGUAUCACAAUUCUUACUGUCGGAUACGGCGAUAUUGAGCCACCUAUAUCCGUACCAUUCCUAAUAUUAUUCAUAUUCGUGGGGGUGACAUUGGUGACUAUAUCAGUAGACGUAGUAGCAACAAAUAUUAUCCAUCAAGUGCACUACAUGGGAAGGCGAAUGGGAAAAGCGCGGGUGAUAGCCGACAGAAUGGUACAGGUAAGAUCGCAAACACCUUUUACAGUGAUCUCAAAGUAA